GGUCAUGAUUCCAAAGUUUCUGCUCCUUUGCCUGGUUGCUGGCCUGGCUUCAGCCAUCAUUUGUCCAGAUGGGCACGAUUGCGGCGAUAACACAACCUGCUGUAAGAAACCAGAUGGAACAUAUGCCUGUUGCCCUUUACCCAAAGCAGUUUGUUGUUCCGAUAUGUUGCACUGCUGUCCUGAAAAUACUACCUGUGAUACAGAGCAUUCAAGGUGCAAUGGUGUGACUACCGUACCCUGGAUGGAGAAAGUCCCAGCAAUCAGCACUACCCUGUGGGAAGAAGUCGAAACCACCCCACUUGUGCAAGCAGGAACAACGAAUGCAGUGACUGAAAAUGUGUGUCUGGAUAAUACUGAAUGCCCGCCUGAGUACACGUGCAUGCCUACUUCUAAAGGAGUCUACGGCUGUUGCCCACUCACUGAUGCAACCAUAUGCAAGGAUUGGGAGCAUUGUUGUCCAAAGGGAUACGAGUGUGAUCUAGCCAAGGCCAGAUGCAAAAGGACUGAAGUUGAUGAAGAAUUACCAUUGGUUUCUGCAGUCAGAAACCUGCGUACUGCUGAGAGUGAGCUUUGUGGGAACAUGUCUUGCUCUGAGGGAUAUACCUGUUGUACCUCUACAGACUUUGGUUGGGGAUGCUGUCCUAUGAAAAAUGCUGUAUGUUGUGGUGAUCGCUGUUGUCCAAAGGGCUUCCAGUGUGAUAAGGCACGGAAAACCUGCAUCAAACCCAUUGCUGAAAAUAUGAAGGCGGUUAUUUGCCCGGACGGGGAAUCAGAGUGUCCAGAUGGGUCCACAUGUUGCCAACUUUCGGAUCAGCAAUGGGGAUGCUGCCCUUUGGAAAAGGCUAUAUGCUGUGAGGACCACCUGCAUUGUUGUCCUUCAGAUACCAAGUGCGACCUGAAGCAAUCCAAGUGUUUGUCUGAGUAUGGAGUGAUGGAAAUGUGGACAAAAUUUCCAGCCCGCAGACGAUUUGCCAUGAAAAACACACAAGUUCAUAAUGUGCAGUGCAAUGGGACUGUGUUCUGCCCUGGAAAUGCAACCUGCUGCGUGAUGUCCUCAGGAGAGUAUGGGUGUUGUCCUUUGCCAGAUGCAGUUUGUUGUAGUGAUAAAAUACACUGCUGUCCACAAGGAACGACGUGUGUUGGUGAGACUGGAGGUUGUCAGGGGAAGCAUGCUUCCAUGCGCUGGAGGACCAAAAUGCCAGCUAUUGUGAAAGGUGCCAUGAUCGAUGUGAAGUGUAAUGCUACCACGAGCUGCCCCGCAGGUGUCACCUGCUGCAAGAAACCUUCUGGGGACUGGGGAUGCUGCCCUAUCCCAUUGGGAGUUUGCUGUGGCGAUCAUAUUCAUUGCUGCCCCAAUGGUUAUACAUGUGAUGUUCAAGCACAGCUCUGUCACAAAGGCAGUAUUUCUAUCCCCCUAUUAACAAAGAUGCCAAGUAUUGUGAAAAGCGAAGCCUUAGAUGUCCAGUGUGAUGAAACUGUGAAGUGUCAAUCAGGCUCGACUUGCUGCAAGUUGACCUCAGGAUCCUGGGCCUGCUGCCCUCUUCUACAGGCGGUCUGCUGUGAGGAUCAUGAGCACUGCUGCCCAAAUGGCUACACCUGUGACUUGGCAUCCAAGACCUGUGAAAAACAAAGUGUCUCCGUACCUGCGAUUGUCAAGCUGUCGCCAGCCCCUGAUGUGAAAUGUGAUGACGAGGUGCAGUGCCCGUUUCCAGCCACUUGCUGCAAGGUGGCCUCGGGCAGCUGGGCUUGCUGUCCGUAUGAACAAGCAACGUGCUGUGAAGAUAAGAUGCACUGCUGCCCAUAUGGCUACACGUGCAACAUGGGAGCUGAAGCAUGUACUCUGCAGCGUCUUCGUCGCUGGGACCUAUUUUUCCCAAAGCACAUGAAGACCUUCAACACUCUGUAACAUGUUUUGGUCCCCUAAAUCACUAGUUGUGUAAUGGUCUCAAACAAAACUCUUCAAUUUGUAAACUUGGGCUAUUCAAAGAGGAAGAUUUGGCAAACUUUUGAUAAUGAAUCAAUCUUCUGAUAAAGUAUACCCCACAGGGAAUAUCUCUGGUGGUGAGUCCGUAUUGCAAACUGUUUUGGAAGUUGAUUUAUUUCAGAGAGCAAUUUUUUUUUUCUCUAAAACCUUGGGGCCUUGAAUUGAAUUUUGUUUUUGUGCAUUACAUGGAUGUUGAAUGUAAAAUUACAUCACAGUGAAAUCUAUCUGCUUGGUUUGCAUAACAAAUGGACAAUUCUCAGCUUGUUCACCUAAAAAAAAACAAUGAACAGGCAACGUGAUUUAAAUUUGUAACCCAAUUGAUGCUUGGCUUUAAUUCAGAAAUGCUGCAUAUUUACCUAGAUCUUUAAGUUCAGUAGUGAUUUUUUUUUUUGUGUUGUGCACUCUUGGGAUUGUUCCCUUAACCAUCUCAUCUGACAGAAACACAUGGUUCAAUUGUGGUUAAUGCUAUGCAGGCACAUUAGCAUCGGUGGAGGGUGGAUGAGGAAUAGGAGUAUUGUUCUUUAGUGUUUGGUCUAGGUGGUCAUAUACUUCUCGCCCAUAAAGCUAGAACGCGCCCACGCUCGACGCCCCCCCCUGUACACACUCCCUCAAUUCAUUUUCUUCUUCUUAUUACGUAUGGUGUGCACAGCCUAAAGUUGUAGGACAACUUGUUCUAUUUGAUCUUACUUGAUUGUGCACGCCAGGUUGAUUGCAUUCGUUGAAACAUGACGAAAAAUUUGGCGGACCACGUGAAGGUUGCAAUCUCCCACCCCAAUUCAUUCUCUCUGCCUUAUACACUUAAUCCUGGCAGAGUCGAGAAUGUCAUCCCAGAGUCAGUGAUCUGAUAUCUUGCCCAAAAUCUAAGUUUCACCAGAUAUCCUAGCUGAUCUCAUGCUGUAAUGCCCCUGUAUACAAAAAUGACAAAGCACAGGAAGUCUAUUCUAAAGCUCUUAAUUUGAAGAUUUGAAUUUCAGCAUAGACUAAAGGUUGACAAUAAUGAGUGUAGAAUUUAGCUUGAUUGUAAAAUUUCAGUAAGAAUACCUUGUGAAUAACUUUGCUAGAACUCCAAUCCAUAGUACACUACAAUCCCAGUCCUACACUCUUUAAAAUUGUAGUAAUAUCUACUUUAAUGGUGUUUUGAAGAGCAAGAGAAACAGUGUGCUGGUUCCAAGGUAUUGAUAGCUUGCAGAAUUUGAAAUGGGAAUAAUUGCAAAAAUUUCAGCUUAUACAUACCCUAGUGUUUAGGUUUUUGUGCACAUGAUGGAUUACUGGUCUCAUUUUCUAAUGCAAUUAAUAUGUUUAAAUUUCAUUAAGUUGAAUAUAAAAUACAGCAUUCAGCAAUACAAUCAGAAUCAUAAACAUGGAAUGGGCCAUUUGCCCCCUACUGGUCCGUGCUAACCAGUGCGAACAUUCUGUAUUGACCCCAUCAUUCAGCACACUGUACCCAAGUGUUCAAGUGUUCGUUGACUCACUUAAGUGUUGCAGGAAUCCAGCUUUAACUCCACUCAGUACAUUCCAGCUACUUACCAGUCUCUUGGUGAAGGUCCCCCAUGUAUCCUAUCGGAAUUCUUUCACCCACCACACCCUCGCCCCCUUACCAUAAACCCCUGUAUCUACCUCUAUUGUGGGGGACGGGGAAGAGGUUUUCUGCAGGCUACCUUAACUAUAUUCGUACACCUCAAUCAUGUUCCCUCUUAACUUCCUCAAUACCAGUGGGGGAAAAUAAAUGGCUUCUUCAAGCUCUCCUCACAACUGAAAUGCUCCAUCACGGGCAAUAUCCCUGUGAAUCUCCUCUGCACCCUCUCCAGUGCAAACACGUCCCUCCUGUGGCUUAGUGGUGAGUCCUGCACCCAGUACUCUAACCAAGUUCUGACAAAAUGGUUUAUAACGUUGGAGCAUAACCUCCCUACUUCUGUGGCCUGAUUAAUGAAGGCCAAUAUUCCACAUGCCUUCCCAACUAUUUGCACUAACCCAUCAAGGAUCUAUGGAUUUGUACUUGGACAUUUCGGGUCGAGACCCUUCUACAGACUGAGUCGGGGGUGAGGGAAACAAGUUUGUCUGCAGAAGGGUCUUGGCCCGAAACGUCACCUAUUUUCUCCAAACCUACUGAGCUACUCCAAUUGUUUGUGUUUUUCUUCGGUGUAAACCAUCAUCUACAGUUCCUACACAGCAUAUGUCCUGCUCCUUUUUGGUGUUCUAUACUAGUAGCUUUUUAAUUAUUUGUUCUGGAUUGUUAUUAAACACUCCAAAUGAGGUGCAUAGUUUCAUAAAUUGAAUUAAUGGCAGUAAUUUUCUAUUUUUGCUCAUUUGUAAUAAACAAUGCUUGAAAUGAGAGUUUCAGAUUUAGCAGUUUUGAAUACUUGUAUCUGCAAAACAAUGCAAUUCAUUAAUCAGACCCUUCCAUGGUGGCCACUCAUUUAAAGCACUUCAUUGCUACCUUUUCACUGAAACUUGGUCAUCUGGUGGAUUCUGAGCAUCACUCACUUGAUAGAAGAGAUGGCGCUCUAUGGCUUUUGGUUUACUGCAAAGGGAAAUUUCAUGAUGGAAAUCGUUAUUGCUUGUACGGUGUGGCUUUCUUUCUUAAAAAUAAAAUUGAACUGAUUUGAAAA